AUGGAACUGAAGAGAAUCGGCAGCGGAAGAUACUCUGAAGUAAAACUAAACACAUUUCAAAACAAGUGGAUUGCUGAAAAGCACAUCCUUUUGCGUUGGAAAAGAGUCUUCAGAAAUGAGGUGUCGGUGUUGCAAAAAUUAACACAAGGCUCAAACAAUCAUCCGAACAUUAUUCGCUAUUUUGACUGGGAAGAAAGAGGCGAAUAUUAUGUGAUCAAAUUGGAGUGGUGCGAACGGGGAUCGCUACAAGAUGUGAUCGACGACCCAAAAGUAGUCUACUCGAUGAAAACGGCCCUCUGCAUUUUGAUUACCGAGCAGUUCGUAGUAAAACUUGCCGAUUUUGGCUUUUUGUGCGAAGUUGAAUCGAUGAGCACAAUUACUGAGACUGGCACUUAUCGCUACAUGAGUCCUGAGGUCUACGGGAUAACCGGAAGAAAAAUGAUUCACUGCAAAAGUGAUCUGUAUGCGGCCGGCCUUGUGCUCUGGGAAAUCCUCGAGAGAAAAAAAAUCUUCUACGACUAUGUGGAACAAGAGGGCUUUAAUCACGUUCGAUUCUUUACCGAUUUCAAAAAAGGCACCCUUAAAUUCGAGCUUCCAAAUUGUGCUCACGAGAUCAAGAGUGUUGUUGGAAGUUGCAUCAAAUUUCAUUUCAAUGAUCGCCCGGAUGUGGAUAGACUGUACGAAACGGUGACUGAAAUGAAUAUUAAAAUGAAAGACUUCUUCAAACUGCCCAAGAUUCGGGAUGAGCUGACAAAGAGACUGAAACCAAUUGGCUAUGAUGGAACAAACAAUGAGCUCAUUUUGGAAGAUGAUCAAAUCUCGUUAUCAGAUUUGAGAAACAACUCGAAAUCGACAACAAUCAACGUCCUCUGCCGAGCUAAUGAACAGAGUUCAAUGAACCAAUCUGCUAUCGACCAAGCACACGAUGUGGAUAACACGAUAACUGAAACGAUCGGCAAGAAUUUCCAAGCAUCUCAGGCGGAGAUGGACUUUAUAGAUGACUUUCAACAAGAUCAACCAAAGGCGACUGAAUUGGUCGCAACAAGGGACAUUAGCCAGCUACCACCGGGAAAAGCUUCAUCUGUCAUCGAUCUUAGAUCGCAAUAUGAGAGCAGCAUGCGAAUGAGCAUGGCCAACUCGUCAACUUCGACUCUUGAGUCUCGCGAUGUUCAGAAUAAUAUCGGAAAGAUUAUUCGCUGGGAACAGUCACGAUCGAAUUUCUCGAAGAGCUGCGAAUCUUUCGAAAGGGUUCAAAUCGAGAGCCCAGAUUUGUUUGCAACCAGAGGGAAAUUCAAAAAUUCAAAUUCAAAUCGGAAAAAAUUGCUGGCAUCUACAGAGGAGCUUGAUGAAUAUUUCAACAUUGAGCCUCCAACGUCAUUUCAGACUCCAGAUCCACCAAUCGAUUAUCUAGACAGCAGUGAUCACGAAACCCAAUCACCACGUCGACUUCCUAGAGAAACACCUGUGAUAACAAGCCCAGAGACGUCAAAUACCGAAAACACAAAAGCGGUAGCAGCUUGGUUGAACUCGGGCGUCAAGUUAGAUUAUACAACGAUUAGCGAACUCGAUUCUCAAACUAAACCAAACGACUCAACGAUGGCAGAGACUGAAAUAAGUGUCGAUUUAGAAGUCCCUUCAUUUGACGCAAUAUCGACGAGCGAAAGCACGACUUUCAGAUUGAACUCACGACAAAAAUCCAAGAAAUUAGAACAAGAAGAGAGACAAGAAUUGAAAGAAUUCCACAAGAAAGCCACAAGUCAAAUGAAAAAACAAGAGAAAUUCCAUUUGCAACAGAGAUUGAGCCUUCAAAAUACCCUUCGGCAAAGCCUGAAAGUCAUCGAUGAGAAAAUGUUGCAACAACUGGAUGAGGAGCGACGAAUUCAACAGAAAGAGCACAAGAGCGAAACGGCUCGGUUGAGAGCCGAGGCGGAAAGACAGUUGACCGAUUUCAACGAGGCUUUACCGCGGUUGCUGAAAAACCUUAAAACCAGUGUGAUGAGUCUUUCAAAACCGCAACGAAAGAGAGUUCUUGACACCCGAAAGUCUCAACUCGCCAGAGAGCGUCAAGAGGAGGAAAACACCUUGCGACAACAACUGAGAGAAAAAGCUGGCACCGCACUGUCGAGCCUCGAGAUGCGGCAUAAAAAUAAGAUUUCUCAGAUUGUGUUGAAUGGCGAUGAGCAAAAGAAGAAUCUCGAACAAGUGAAAAAAGAGCGCGAAACGAAAUUGGAGGAAAUUAUUCGAAAAGAAAAAUUCGAUCUGCUUCUGAAUCUUUUCAAAGCUCAAUGGGAAAUGCUUGGGGCACAGUUGGAGUGCGUGCAGGAGCACGAAUUGCGACAAAUCGAAGAAGAACAGUUUGUCGAGAAGAUGCAAGCAAAGCGGGCACUCGACGAAGAUACCCGAACAUUUCCUCGGUUUUUACAUCGUGAAACCAAGACCCGUAGCAUGAUUUAUCGAGAGUCGCUGAGAAUCGGCAGACAGAAAUCGAUUAACAUUCCCGAGAGGAUUCGUCAAUUCCAAGCCGAAGAGGAACUUCGAAAGAAAACCGCACUUAAUGAGUACAAUCAGAAAAAACAGGCGAAAUUGCAAGAACUCGAAGAACGUCAUCAUUUUGAGCUACACGCGAUAAAAGAGCAACACAGAAUACAGAAACAACAAUUUGAGAAUGAGCAGAACCGGAAACUGGAGCAAUUCAAUGAAAAUCAGACACAGGAGAGAGUUUCUCUUUUUGACUUUAUGGAGGGAAAAAAAAUUGCCGGUACAUCCUCUCAACUAUCGCUCAGGGUC